AUGAAGAUGCUCUGUUUGCACCCGUGGGGUGCAUCUGCCGAGAUAUUCGAGAAGCAAAUGUCUCUAAUCUGUGCCAUGAUCGGCGAGUCCCACGAAUAUGUCUUUCUCGAUGGUCCCGUAUCAUGUGGGCCCGCAAAAGAAAUCCCCCCAAACUUGCCGGGCCCUUUCUAUAAUUGGUACGAGGGGCUAUCCUCGUCGCAGGUGAGAGACGCGCAUGAUUUCGUCAAGGACGUUAUUGAAGACGAUGGCCCCUUUGACGGAGUCAUUGGCUUUAGCCAGGGAGCGUCGCUCGCCCUCUCUAUCCUCUACCACCAUGAGAUAUGUCAUCCCGACCGUCCACCGCCGUUUCGCUUUGCCAUCUUCUUCUGCGCCGUGCUCUCUAUUUCGCCCGAUUCAAUGUUGAACGCGGACAUUGUUGCCAAGUACUCCCGGUACUACAAACAGGUGAACCACGAUGAAGAGAUUGAGAAAGAUGAGACAAGAACGGAGGAGCUCCAGCGAGGAGGUUUUCUCCAGGGCAAUAAUAGAGCUGCCGUGACGCAAAAGCUAUCGCGUCUCAAGAACCACCGCGCAAUUCUACUACUCCCAGGCCAAAAGGCAGCGCUGGUAAAGGAGCUAUUAGCACUCGUUCGCCAGCUGGUGGACAACAGCGCAGAGCACGACCAUGCAGCGAGAACGCAAUGGAAUACUUGCGGCGGGAUGGAGGGCUUCCCGCGCGUGUAUCACCCCAUGGUUAAUAUGCAGCGAAUAUCCAUUCCGACGUUGCAGGCGAGGCUUUGCAAUAAGAAAUUGACUCGCGUUGUGGAGUUUGAGGGCGUGCAUAAGGUGCCUCAUCGGGUUAAUGACGUGCAGGCGGUGCUCAGGGCUGUUGAGUGGGCUAUGCGGAUGGCGCAGAUGCAGUGA